AAGCUUCCAAACAAAGAGAAUUAAUGGAAAGUAAGAUUUGCAAAGGAAUCAUUCUCUUCCUCGUCCUCUCUCACUCACAACCCUACGCAUAUAAAAUAAUUGAAAAAAAAAAUAUACAUACAUACUAUAUUUAAAUAAAUAAAAAGAAAUAAAUAAACAAAACCCUUAUCUUCUUCAUGAGAAUCAUUUCCUCUCCACAAAACCAUGCCUUCUCAAAGCCCCUCUUCUCACUUUUCAAUAAUCGAUCCCUUCAUAUAUGGCUCAUGCUGAGAUCAUAUGACCAAUAUGGUUCCUCUUGAAUCCUCACUGCUUUUUGGCGGUUUCACGGACGCGAUGAUGAUGAGAGAAACAACUAUAAACAAUCAAGAUUCUAGCGGGGAAGAUACAUGCUCCGUCUCCGAUCCAACAGCAGCUUCUACUGAUUAUUAUAACAUGUUUUCUUCCUCUCGGGUGAAAGACGUCGGAGCCGCCGCAAAGAACGAUACCGUUUGUUCUAUUAAUGUAGAAGGUAAAGAUAAAUCUUGGCUCCGCUUAGGUAUAGGCCCUGAGGAGAACAACCAUAACACGGGGUCGUAUAAGCUUCAACGUUGUUGUAGCAAAAACGGAAGUGAAAGAGAGAAGUCGUUAGAACUCAGCUUGUUCUCCUCCUCCUUAGCCACGGGAGGAGCCAUUAGUAGUAGCGUAGAGUACUCACAGCCCGCAAGCUGCGGCCCGCAACCACCGCAGCCGCCAUAUCGGUGUGAUCAGUUAUUAACGAUGCGUGGACCAUCGUUGGUUUACAAUCAACAACUAAUUCGGCCUCAGACGUUAUUUAAUCGAGGCUUUUCAUUUCCAUCUUCAAAGCCGUGGAUACCUCAAUAUACGACGCCGUUUAAACCGUCAUCAUUGAGUGACCGUGACGUCACUAACAAUAAUAGUGCUGCAAGGAGUUGUUGUGUCGAUGAAGGAGGAGGAGCUGGACCAAGCUCUGAGUUUAGGGUUCUUGAUCCUCCAAGAAGACCACAUUCUGGUCUUUGGUUUCUCCUUCAAGCUUCACAAUUUCAGGAAAAGGAACCGUUCUUGCCUCAAGUAAGCAAAAGCUACUUGAGAAUCAAGGAUGGGAGAAUCACAGUUAGAUUGCUAAUUAAGUACCUCAUGAAGAAGCUUCAAUUGGAUAGCGAAUCUGAGGUAGAAAUAAGAUGCAGAGGACAACAAUUAUCGCCGUUGUUGACGAUGCAGCAUGUAAGAGAUACCAUAUGGACUUCCAAAUCAUCAUCAUCUCCCUCUUUCACUUUGCUUCGGGACUCAUCAACUACUGAUCAUAUCAUGAUUUUGCAUUAUGGUAGGACUGCUUAAUUAAAUGUUUAUUUUGAUAGUUUUUUUUUCCCCUUUUUUGCGCCAAGUCUAACAUUUUUCGAUCAUCAUAUUUGUAUACCUACGAUCGAAUUUUAUUUAUUUAUCCCUCUCUUUUUGUUUGGGUUCUCGAUCUAAUUUGAUAUAUUCUCCUUUUUUCAAAUGUUAUUAUUACUUUAUUUUAUACUUUAUGGCUCAUAUUAUCCCAUUGUAGGGAAAUGGUGUCGUACGAGCCAACCAAGUGGUCUGACCACUGACCUAUAAGCCCUAGACACGCCCUUACCCUUAUUAC